GGAGGACGCCGCGGCAGCGGCGCGCCCCCGGGCAGUCGCUGCAGCCCGGGCGGCGGCGGCGGCGGCUGUGCAGCGGUGCGCAGCGGGAAGCGCAGCCACUCCUCUCUGCCUAUCUCCGGCUGCUCCGAUACCCCCUCCUCCCGGCCCCCUCUCUAGUAUGGAGGAGCCGACGACUAAACCGCUGAGAGCAACUCCUUGAAAAAAAAAAGCCGCAUUGGAGGAGCCUGGCCGCAGGACCCCUCCUCCCUGGGCGCCCCUCACCCCUCGCCUCGCUCUCCCGCCUCCCCCUCCAGCCCCCCCCACCCCCCCGCCCCAGGCUCCCGGGCGCCCGCCUCCCUCCUUAGCGGACUGUCUCCCGACUCGCCGGCUGAGAGCCCUUUUUGACUGCGAGCGGCGGUAGUGGAGCAUAGGCGGCGGCGCGGGACCUGCAGUCGCCCGGGAUUCCCUCCAGGUGACGAUGCUCUGGUUCUCCGGCGUCAGGGCUCUGGCUGAGCGUCCCUGCCGGCGCUCGCCCGGGAUUACCUGCUGCGUCUUGCUGCUGCUCAAUUGCUCGGGGGUCCCCAUGUCUCUGGCUUCCUCCUUCUUGACAGGUUCUGUUGCAAAAUGUGAAAAUGAAGGUGAAGUUCUCCAGAUUCCAUUUAUCACGGACAACCCUUGUAUAAUGUGUGUCUGCAUGAACAAGGAAGUGACCUGUAAGAGAGAGAAGUGCCCAGUGCUGUCAAGAGACUGUGCCCUGGCCAUCAAGCAGAGGGGAGCCUGUUGUGAGCGGUGCAAAGGUUGUACCUAUGAAGGAAGUACCUAUAACAGCUCCUUCAAAUGGCAGAGUCCUGCUGAACCCUGUGUCCUGCGCCAGUGCCAGGAAGGCGUUGUCACAGAGUCUGAGGUGCGAUGUGUCGUUCAUUGUAAAAACCCUUCCAAGCAUCUGGGAAAGUGCUGCCCCACGUGUCCAGGCUGUGUGUUUGAGGGGGUGCAGUACCGAGAAGGGGAGGAAUUUCAGCCAGAAGGAGACAAAUGUACCAAGUGUUCCUGUGUUGGAGGCAGGACACAGUGCGUGAGAGAAGUCUGUCCCAUUCUCUCCUGUCCUCAGCACCUUAGCCACAUUCCCCCAGGACAGUGCUGCCCCAAAUGUUUGGGUCAGAGGAAAGUAUUUGACCUCCCGUUUGGAAGCUGCCUCUUUCGAAGUGAUGUUUAUGACAAUGGAUCCUCUUUUCUCUAUGAUACCUGCACUGCAUGUACCUGCAGGGACUCUACUGUAGUGUGUAAGAAGAAGUGCUCCCACCCUGGUGGAUGCAGCAAAGGCGAGGAGGCCUGUUGUGAGGAGUGCCUUCUACGAGUGCCCCCGGAAGACAUCAAAGUGUGCAAGUUUGGAAACAAGAUUUUCCGGGAUGGAGAGAUGUGGUCCUCUGUCAACUGCACCAUCUGUGCUUGUGUGAAAGGCAAGACAGAGUGUCGCAAGAAGCAGUGCGUUCCCAUCAGCAGCUGCCCUCAGGGUAAAAUUCUCAACAGGAAAGGAUGCUGUCCUAUUUGCACUGAAAAGCCUGGCGUUUGCACGGUAUUCGGAGAUCCCCACUACAACACUUUUGACGGACGGACAUUUAACUUUCAGGGGACGUGUCAGUACGUUUUGACAAAAGACUGCUCCUCCCCUGCCUCGCCCUUUCAGGUGCUGGUGAAGAACGAUGCGCGCAGGACCCGCUCCUUCUCCUGGACCAAGUCGGUGGACCUGGUGCUGGGCGCCGGCACCGUCAGCCUCCAGCAGCACCUGACCGUGCGCUGGAACGGCUCGCGCAUCGCGCUGCCCUGCCACGCGCCGCAGUUUCACAUCGACCUGGACGGCUACCUCUUGAAAGUGACGACCAAAGCAGGUUUGGAAAUAUCAUGGGAUGGAGACAGUUUUGUAGAAGUCAUGGCUGCACCCCAUCUCAAGGGCAAACUCUGUGGUCUCUGUGGCAACUACAAUGGACAUAAGCGUGAUGACUUAAUUGGUGGAGAUGGAAACUUCAAGUUUGAUGUGGAUGACUUUGCCGAGUCCUGGAGGGUGGAGUCCAAUGAGUUCUGCAACAGACCCCAGAGAAAACCAGUGCCUGAACUGUGUCAAGGGACAGUGAAGGUAAAGCUUCGAGCCCAUCGGGAAUGCCAGAAACUCAAAUCCUGGGAGUUUCAGACCUGCCACUCAACUGUGGACUAUGCUACUUUCUACAGGUCCUGCGUGACAGAUAUGUGUGAAUGUCCAGUCCAUAAAAACUGUUACUGCGAGUCAUUCCUGGCAUAUACCCGCGCCUGCCAGAGAGAGGGCAUCAGCGUCCACUGGGAGCCUCAGCAGAGCUGUGCAGCCACCCAGUGUAAGCACGGUGCCGUGUAUGAUACCUGUGGCCCGGGAUGUGCCAAGACCUGUGACAACUGGAAUGAGAUCGGUCCCUGCAAUAAGCCGUGUGUUGCGGGUUGUCACUGUCCAGCAAACUUGGUCCUUCACAAAGGAAGGUGCAUCAAGCCAGUCCUUUGUCCUCAGCGGUGACCUUUGUUCCGCUCCUUCAGACUUUGAACCUGGUGUUCUUGACACUGAGGUGGAAGAGCCAAUGAAAGACUGCGAUAUUUGUGUGCUGAUUCUGCAAAUACACACGCAGAGUAUA